GCGAGUUAAGUUUUUCAUCGUCGUCCGGUUCGCGCACAUCGCUUCUGUCUCGGCCGCAAAACGCAGAAACAAAUAAGAGACCCACUGGGACUUGGGACUACCGAUUACCGACAGCGACUUCCACUAAAGCAAAACCAAAACCACCCGACACAGUGCUCUCGAGUUACGGUGAACAGCGCGAGUGAACAGCCACAGUGAACCCCCACUAGUCUUCAACCAAGCAUACAAACAGUAAAAUGCAGCGUGUAUAGAAUAAGCGAGCGCCAGAGUAGAUCCAAAGUAGCAGUCAAGCGAAUAGCCAAGUGAAAAAGCAAGCGGAGGACAUGGCCACCAACACGGAACUGCUGCCCUUCCACCACCAGACGAUCGCGGUGUUGAACAAUCUGAAUAGCCACUGUGGCGGAUCCGGGAGCAAUGGGGCGGCCACCAGCGGCGGAGCAGCGGGGGCGGCCAUCAGCGGAGGCGGAGGAGCGCCCAGCUGGGCCAUGGACGAACUCUAUCAACAGACUGAGCUGCCCGGCCUGACGCGAACCGGGGCCACCACCACCCACCACCACCUGCUGCGCUUCACGCCCUACGCCCUGCACCACCGACCGCCGCACCACCAGCUGCAGACGCUGCCCCCGGCCUUGUACUUGCAGCAUGCCGCAGCAGCGGCGGCGGCGGCAGCAGCAGCAGCGGCCCACGCACAGCACCACCACCACCAUCAUCACCACCUACCGCACAGGCCCGCCUCGCCGGAGAGUCCGCCGCCGGUGGAGGGCACCCACAUCAGCAAUCUGUUCCCCGAGCUCCUCGAGCAGAUCUUCGAGCACCUACCCGUGAGGGAUUUGGGCCGGGCCGCGCAGGUCUGUAGCGCCUGGCGGGACGCGGCCUAUGCCAAGAGCGUCUGGAAGGGCGUCGAGGCCAAGCUGCACCUGAAGCGCUCCAGCCCGAGUCUCUUCAACUGCCUGGUCAAGCGGGGCAUCAAGAAAGUGCAGAUCCUCUCGCUGCGCCGUUCGCUCAAGGACCUGGUCCUGGGCGUUCCCGCCCUGACCUCGCUGAACCUGAGCGGCUGCUUCAACGUGGCGGACAUGAAUCUGGGCCACGCCUUCAGCGUGGACCUGCCGAACCUCAAGACCCUGGACCUCUCGCUGUGCAAACAGAUCACGGACACGAGUCUGGGGCGGAUCGCCCAGCAUCUGAGGAACCUGGAGACCCUGGAACUGGGCGGCUGCUGCAACAUCACCAACACCGGCCUGCUGCUCAUCGCGUGGGGCCUGAAGAAGCUGAAGCACCUCAAUCUGCGAUCCUGCUGGCACAUCAGCGACCAGGGCAUCGGUCACCUGGCCGGAUUCUCGCGGGAAACGGCCGAGGGCAACCUGCAGCUGGAGUACCUGGGACUGCAGGACUGCCAGCGGCUGAGCGACGAGGCUCUGGGCCACAUUGCCCAGGGUCUGACCUCGCUGAAGUCGAUCAACCUGAGCUUCUGCGUCUCGGUGACGGACAGCGGACUGAAGCACCUGGCCCGCAUGCCCAAGCUGGAGCAACUGAAUCUGCGCUCCUGCGACAAUAUCUCGGAUAUCGGAAUGGCCUACCUCACCGAGGGCGGCAGCGGGAUCAACUCGCUGGACGUUAGCUUCUGCGACAAGAUCAGCGAUCAGGCCCUGACGCACAUUGCCCAGGGACUCUACCGACUGCGAUCGCUGUCCCUCAACCAGUGUCAGAUCACCGAUCACGGCAUGCUGAAGAUCGCCAAGGCGCUGCACGAGCUGGAGAACCUGAAUAUCGGACAGUGCAGCCGGAUUACGGACAAGGGCCUGCAAACACUGGCCGAGGAUCUGACCAAUCUCAAGACCAUCGAUCUCUACGGCUGCACGCAACUCAGCUCCAAGGGCAUCGACAUCAUCAUGAAGCUGCCCAAGCUGCAGAAGCUCAAUUUGGGCCUCUGGCUGGUCAGGUGAUGCGUCCACCACGAUUGCAACGCCUGUGCGGCGGAGGAGGCCGCUCGCGGCUCUUAUAAUUCCCAACCAUAGAUUCCGGGCGGGAAAGAGAGGGCGAGAGACAG